UGCAUAUUUGUCAAUGGCGGUGAAUGCGUCACAAUGUGAAACAUCAAGCGCAAUGAAAUUUUCUAAAGUGAUGAGAAUUUUCGGCUAUACCGCUUCUAAAUUGGCGGCAAUUCCUAUGUUACUUUAUGAUGCUAUGAAAUCAUGGAAAUGCAAUGAACAAGAUAUAUUGUUCUGGGAUGACUUAUCUUUAAUGGAUUAUGCAGUAUGUGACAGCAGCGGGUUAGCAUGUGACAGUGUUUUUGCUGGCGAGAUCGAUGCAAGAACUUUCCUUGGAAUUGUUUGCCUUGUUUUGCUGGAGAUGGCAUACAUUUGGCUGAUGUACAAGGAAUUUAAAAGUCCCCCGCCCAUCGAAAAACAACCUAAUCAUGCUGAUGAGGCAAGCAGCAGCGGGGUAACCGUGGAGUGGAUUGAAGGCAACCCCCACUCCCGAGCAAGUACUAGUGAAUACAUCACUAUCGACCUGUAAAAACCACUGGAUAGAAAUGUUAAUUCGAUAUCAUGAAGAUGUAUAUGUAACGUAAUGUAAAUACAACAUCAAAUAAAGAAUUCAAAAUCAA